CACUGGAGGCAUCCAAGGCUACUGUCUAUAAAAAGCACGGCCUUCCUUCUAGAAGGAGAUGUCAUUGCAUAUUUUAUGUGUUAUUUUUCCUGAGAAAUCUCAGCCCAAGCAAAGGAAGCCUGCAGGCAUUCAGACCUAUAGAGGGACUCAUUUAGUAAUCAUUUUUCUCUUCCCUCAUAUGUAUCAAGAUAGUGAGGGGAAAUAUUGCAGUGCUACAUCCAGACUUCACAUGAGUCAGGCCACUCUGUAUUUAAAUAGUACUUCAAACUGUAUGUCAGAUGGGACACGCAAAAGAAAAGAGGGUGGAUCUAAUGUUAUAAGCAGGGGAAAAAGUCACACAUACAUGCAGUGUAUUUGUGCUUCGGUGAAUAAGCCUUGGUUUUCAUUUUGGUUGGGAUUAAGGAAGUAGCAGUUACAGAGUGGAAGAGCUAGGAGGAGACAGCCGAUCGCUUGCCUCUUGAAGGUCAAGGUGUGACAAGCAGUCAGAGUGAAACUGGUAGAAGUCUGAAAUAACGGAAUCUUCUGAUACCAAUUUAUUUUGUCCACAGCUCCUGGCUGCAGACUCUCCAAAAUACUGCUGAUCUGGGUCUUGUGGGAGAUAAGCUUAUUUUGCCUGGAAAGCUGAAUUAUGUUCAUUCCCUCAUUCUAUGUAAUUUUGAGGCGUAGGAGCUUUAAUGUCCUCAAGAGCUGGUGGAGUCCUAUUUGUGUCCAGGAACAAAGAGUGGCACUCGACAAACCCUGUUUUACCAUAUCUUUUUCCAGUGCCCAAGGCCACCUUUUCAUGUUUUCGCUGUGGCUUUAGGCUCUGCUGGCCGCAGCACUGCUCAGCAUCUGCUAUGGCUUGAGUAGCAAAAACAUGAGCCUUAUUUACGAAAUGGAAAGGGAACUACUUCCAACCACUGAAGAUGACAGGGUUAGCCCCUACUUAGCAAACAUGUGGUUGGGUUUCUUAUAUUCUGCUUUGCUUCCCAUUGCCCUGUUCUAUCUCAAAUAUUUCUAGCUACAUCCACAUUGCUGAAAUAUAGAUAUUAGUUAUUUGGACUCACCAAAGAAAUAAUUUUCUUGUUAGGCUUUCUUUGUUUUACAUUAAGCCAGCUGCAGAACUAAACUGAAGCUAAAGUAAAUUAUUCCUCCUGAUAGCUUUUAUCUUAGGAAAGUCCCACUGAUGAAUGUAGUGGAGCCAGUACUCUGAGCACUUUUUUUCUAUUGUGUAAAAAUUAAAUAGCUACUCUUUUGAAAGGAACUUUUGCAGAUCACUUCUUUAAUUACUAGAUCAGGUGAAAUUAUCACUUGCACUCUUUAAAAUAAUUUGAAAAUUAAUUGUAGUAUCUACAAUUGGUGUAUUUGUUUUUUCAGUCCAUUUGUGCUGUGGAGAUUGUUUCCUUAAUAAUAUGUAAUUUAUUAUUGACAGUCAAAAGAUAAAUUAGAUGUAUUUUUUUUGUGCUAAUAAGUAAGUGGGCUAAGAAGAGCUCUGGAGUCCAUAUCAAAGUGACGGUUUGGUGGUUUUGGUUGGGUCAUAGCUGGACAAAAUUAAUAAUGUGUGUGUGUCAUAAAGAAGACGUAGAACACCACUGACCGUUAUGAGGUAGGUUACGUUAAGGUUAAGUUAGGUACUGGUUAAAAGCCCCAGUGGCAGCCUGCUUCUCUUCUCACGUUUGAGUCAUAAGAGAGGAAGAUUCAUGAGUUGGGCGCAACAAAAGACAGACUUCCAUUUUCACCAGAACUUUCUUUUGGCACACCUGCAACUUUCUAAAGUGUUUGCUAGAACUUGAAGAUGAUCUUGGAAAGGCAAAUGUGAACUAAAAGUUUCUUUUUAAAAAGAAUCUGUUAAUGUCUUUAACUUAGUACUUCAGAAUUUUGUUUCAAGUGUGAAAAUAUCACAUGAAAAUUUCACAUUAAGUUUCCAUAACAAAUAAAUGUAAAAAAAAUUGGCUUUUGCUCCAUCUUUUUAUUACAAUGCAACAGAUCUACGAACUCAUUUAAUGACCUGAUUUUCACACGUACGCUACUCAGUGCUGCUAUAGAUUAAUAAAGUUUCCUGGCUGACAGUAACACCUCAAAAAUGCUGAUAUUAAUAUAAGCUCUUGAACAAGUCUGACAUAUGGUUAAGGAGGAGGGAGAGCAUUUAGGUCCUCUUUGUUUAAAAGUUUCACAUGUAUUUUUCAGUACGCCUCCACUGGUGUUCUUUGAACACCAUAGAGAAAAGUUUUAGGAAGAUGGAUUUGUGCAAAGCAUCCAGAAGAGACUGACUGUAACUAUUCAUGCCUUUCCAAGUACAGAGAGCUUCUGUGCUGAGCAGCUGCUCUGCAAUCAUCUCCAGCACACAGGUUUGUGGGACAAUUCUAUCUGGCCUGUUACCUUUGCAUUUGAAGCAUCUGUCAAGAGAAUAAGACUGGGCUGAACAACCCCAACUCUCUCAGCCUGUCGUCAUACAGGAGGCGCUCCAGCCCUCCGAUCAUCUCUGUAGCCCGCCUCUGGACCCAUUCCAACAGCUCCAUAUCCUUCUUACAUUGAGGAUUCCAGAACUGGACACAAUACUCCAGAUGAGGUCUCACAAGAGAGAAAUAGAGGGGCAGAAUCACUUCCCUUGGCCUGCUGCUCACGCUUCUUUUGGUGCAGCCCAGGAUACAGUUGGCCUUCUGGGCUGCGAGCGCAUGUUGUCGGCUCACGUCAAGCUUCUCAUCGACCAGCACACUCAAGUCUUCCUCUUCUUCAGCCAGACAAUAUAAAAGAUUCCAGAUUGGAGCCAUAAAUCAGUACUGAAGACUUCUAUCAUCCCCACCACAUGAGGGAAGGGGAAGUUAACAUGCUUUUGUUUGUUGGUUUGCUGAUCUUCAACAAAGACAAACUGAUGGAAGUACUAAUAAUCCUGCAUGAUGAUCGUAAUUUCAUUGAAACUUCUUCUAACAAUGUGUUUUGGGUUCUUAGCUACAGGUCUCGGUAAUUUAACAGUCACACAAAUACCAACGAAAAUAUACCUAUCAGUUGGAGACUACACUGAAAUCACCUGUAUCUGGAAAAAAUCUGUUGAGAGAUAUAGAGUAAGCUGGUAUCUUGUUAACAAAGAGAACAUCACCAGAACUGUAUCAUCAGAACUUUGCUAUGUGUCUGAUAUGACCCGUCAAAGCAAGGAUGUGCUUGUGAUAAAAUCUGCCAAUGUAAAUGACACUGGAUUUUACUACUGCGAGAUAAUUAUUGAAAUACCUUUCUGUAAGAAAGUAUGUGGAAAUGGGACGACAGUGGUUGUUGAAGAGAAAGAAGUUCCCACAUUGAAAAAGAGAGAUUUGGCAAUAUGGGCCAUCAUUCCUUUCUUAGUUGCAGCGGGAAGCUUGUACCUUUGCUGCAAAAAGAAACAGCACUCAGAACUUUCUGAACUGCCUGUGCCAGCAGAAAGGCAUCAGGAGGAGCAGAUGCGCGAAGUUGCAGAUCUUGAUGGGGGAAAUGAAUACACCAAUGAAGCAGCUGAGGAAAUCCUAUCAUGUAAUUCUGCUGAAUGGGUUGUGUCUACUCUUUAUGAAUCACUUGAUUCUUUUUUGCAAUGAAUCAAGAGGAAAAGAUGACAAAUCCACCACAACUCUUGUAUCCAAUGCAGCAGAUGAACAAAUCCCACAAAGCAGGGCAGCUGAAAAGUCAAGAAUGAAACAAGGAUAUGCCAUCUACUUUGACAUUCAGGACUAAAAGGACAUCAUACACACAAUAUGGCUAAAUAGCUAUGAACCAAAACCAUGACAAUUUGCUGCUGAAGGACAGAUUACGUGAGUUUCCUGUCAGAAGCAUGUCAGUAGGACAAUACAUAAGAAAAAAACUUGGUUCCAAGAAGUCUCUGAAUGUUUUGUCAUCAACGAAACACUAAGGAGUCUGCAUUUGGAGGGUAUGUCAUGUUACAAGAUUGUCUUCUAACUCUUUCCCCUGUGUCCAGAAAUAAUAAAGGGUACAUUAUCAUACUUCAAAAAAUAUUCAGGACUGAACAACAUUGUCCAACCAAAACAUUUCUUCAGGCAGCCCAUGCAUAAAUAGCAAAGGUAGAGGAAAAAAUGCACAUGUUGAUAAUCAUUUGAUCAGAUAAACAAUACUACGCAUAUGGUGGGGUCUGAUCUCUGAAACCAUCAUUAGUGCUGACCACAUCAUAGACAGAAUGGUGUGCCAGAAAGGAUUAUAUGGUUGUGGAAAGGGACUGUUAGGGUUAAUUCAUUCACAUACUAGGAGAAGCCUUUCAGAGAAGGUGAUCUCCUACACACGAUGAAAUACUGGGUUUAAAUGAAGUUAAAUAUAUUAUUAUUAUGGAUAAUAAUUGUCUAACUUGUGGAGGAGGCGUACUUGUAGGAGAUGGGAGUAUUAACACUUGUUCUACUUUUGCGAGCUCUAAAGAUUUUAGAAAAUCACUGAAGAAAAAUCAAAACUGAAAAUGCACAUAAAACCUGGCCUCCAAGGUCUGAUCCGAGGUGAAGAGUACUGAUAGCAAAGCUAUCCCCUCCUAUAUGGGGGCAGGCUGAGAGAGUCGAGCUUGUUCUCUUUGGAGAAGAGAAGGCUCAGAGGAGACCUUAUAGCGACCUUCCAGUACCUGAAAGGUGCUACAAGAAAGCUGGAGAGGGACUGUUUACAAAGGCUUGUGGUGAUAGGAUGGGAGGCAAUGGGUAUAAACUGGAGAGGGGCAGUUUUAGAUUAGACAUAAGGAGGAAAUUCUUCACUAUGAGAGUGGUGAGGCACUGGCACAGGUUGCCCAGGGAAGUUGUGGCUGCCCCAUCCCUGGAGGUGUUCAGGUUAGAUGGGGCCCUGGGCAGUCUGAUCCAGUGGGAUGUCCCUACCCAGGGCAGGGGGGGUUGGGUCUAUAUGAUCUUUAAUGUCCUUUCAACCCAAACCUUUCUAUGGUUCUAUGAUUAUCUUGUGAGGAAAGAAGGGCAAAAUUACUCCACUGCUCAAGUGGUUUUGUAACAGCUCUUACCUGGGCAGUGCAGUAGGUGCAGGCUGGCUUUCCCAGAUCCCUUACUUUCCUGGGCUAUUCUGCAGCCUGCCCUGAAUGCUUUUUUGUAGUAAAUAUACUGCUGUCCAAAAUAUGCUGCAAUCACUGCACUGUGAACAUACCCUGUAAGAGAGAAAUUACUUGUUAUAUUUCAUCUCAUUAUAUUUAUGUAUAUUAAUAAAUUGAAUAAAGCUAGAAGGCUUUUUUUCUUCCUUUUGAAGUUAAGUCACUUUAAAAUCUUAAUGUCUUUUGUCUUGAAAUUCACUAUUAAAGAUUUGUUUCCUUUACUGCAUGGUGAAACAUUAUCACAUGCCGUAUUCCUUUGAGGAUGACAAAUGAGGCUCUAGAUUU